AUGAUUCCACCACCAAAGUUUCUAUUUGUUGUAGUAGCCCUACCCCUCUUGAUAUUAUCACUAUCCUAUUUUCAUCUUGAAGCUUAUGGAGACCCAUCAAGUGAUGUCCCUUCAUCACCAAAUUCUUGUUUGAAUUGCCCUAAUAAAUGUGAUCCUCCAUGUCAACAACAAUCUCCACCAAACCCUACUUAUGAAGCUCCACCAACACCACCAUCGCCGACGUCUUCCGGUUACUCUAUAUAUGGCUCACCACCACCACCACACGAGAAAAGAGGACAGAAUAACAAAUGUCCUCCUACUUCUGGUGGUGGUGGUAGUGGAAAUAGUGGUGGCGGUGUUGAAUGCUGCACCCCACCACCACCCUAUUACUAUACUUAUAAUGGUCCUCCAAAUGCUUAUGCUCCUCCAUAUGCCUAUGGUGGUUAUGCACCUCCAAAUCCUUACACCUACGUGCCUUAUAAUGAUAGAGGUUUUGUUUCAACUCUUCUUGUGCCGUUUCAACUUCUUUUGAUCAUGAUGUUUUUCUCUUUUAUUUUUGUCUUCUAA